CGCAUUAAAUGGGAAACGCGAUUGAAAACGGACAGCUAUGCCGCGCGGCUGCAGAGACGGAGCUGGACGAGUUCUCUUGGAAGAUCGGCCGCUGCGUUCGUAUCGGAGGACCGACCGGGAGACUACUGUACCGGGAGGCUGACUGGCGCUAACAGCGACUCUCUCUCCCCGGGGGGCUCCUAUCCAACGACCUCCUCCUGAAAACCGUGGCCGAAGAGGAGAGCGCGCGACGAAUCCGCUUCUCCUCUUCCUGCUGUUUCCCCCUCAACAUCAUCACCUCCUUCCGCCCGCAGAAAGAGAGAGGGAGAGAGAGCCUCGGGGACAUCUUCAGCGAUGUUGCUGCUAAACGUGUAGGAUUUGUUCCCGUUAUCCGUUCGCCAGCAGAGAGACAUUAUGGUUAUAUCGGCGCUUCGCAGGAGAUGUUUUCAUAGCUGCUGUAUGGGGACGUUAUGCUUGCAGCUGUUGCUGUGGAUUUUAUGCGCCGUGAACGGAGAGGAGCAGCCGUUCAGUGUAGAGGCGUGGCUCCAGAGGUAUGGCUACCUACCUCCUGCAGACCCCAGAAUGUCAGUGCUGCGUUCUGCCAGAGUCAUGCAGUCUGCUAUCGCUGCCAUGCAGCGCCGCUACGGCCUAAAUGUCACGGGGACUCUGGACAGCACCACGAAAGCCGAUGACACCGUAAGGUGGAUGAAGAGGCCCAGGUGCGGGGUUCCUGACCAGGUAGGAGGCGUGUCCAGAUUCAGUGUGAGGAAAAGGCGGUAUGCCCUCACAGGCCAGAAGUGGCAGCAUAAAUAUAUCACUUACAGCAUAAAGAACACGACGCCCAAAGUCGGGACGGAGGAGACGUACGAUGCCAUCCGACGAGCCUUCAAAGUGUGGGAAAGCGUGACGCCGCUGCACUUCGAGGCAGUGCCCUACAUCGAGCUGGAGAAAACAAAGAAGGACGUGGACAUCACCAUCAUCUUUGCUUCAGGUUUCCAUGGCGACAGCUCACCCUUUGAUGGCGAGGGGGGCUUUCUGGCCCACGCUUACUUUCCGGGACCGGGGAUCGGAGGCGACACACACUUUGACUCGGAUGAACCGUGGACGCUUGGCAACCCCAACCAUGAUGGUAACGAUUUGUUCUUGGUGGCUAUCCACGAGCUCGGCCACGCACUCGGCCUGGAGCACUCCAACGAUCCCACAGCCAUCAUGGCUCCGUUCUACCAGUAUAUGGACACGGACAACUUCAAACUACCCCUGGAUGACCUGAAGGGGAUCCAGAACAUUUACGGGCCGCCUGAUAAGAAUCCCCAGCCCACCAAGCCUCUACCCACGGCUCCCCCUCCACGCUCCCAUCCUCCCUCGGACCCUCGAAAACCAGACAAGCAGACACGACCCCCAAAGCUUUUCCCAGGAGACAGACCGUCCAACAAACCAAGCAUCUGUGAUGGAGGCUUCAACGCCUUGGCCAUUCUGAGGAGCGACAUGUUCAUCUUCAAGGACCACUGGUUUUGGCGGGUCAGAGAUAACUCCGUGAUGGCUGGGUACCCCAUGCUCAUCAGUAUCUUCUGGAGGGGCCUUCCAUCCAAGAUAGAUGCAGUCUACGAGAACAGCGAGGGACAGUUUGUCUUUUUCAAAGGGAAGCAGUUUUGGGUGUUUAAAGACACGGAGCUGCAGCCAGGAUACCCAAAAGACAUCACGCACUUCGGUCACGGCAUGCCAGCGCAGAGCAUCGAUGCGGCUGUGUGGUGGAAGGACGUGGCCAAGACCUACCUCUUUAAAGAAGACAGGUACUGGCGCUACAACGAGGAAAUGAGAACCAUGGACCCUGGCUACCCAAAGCCACUCACCGUGUGGAAGGGGGUGCCUGAUUCGCCACAGGGGGCCUUCGUUGACAAAGACAAUGGUUUUACCUACUUCUACAAAGGAAAGGAGUACUGGAAGUUCAACAACCACUUCCUCCGAGUGGAGCCGGGCUACCCACGCUCUAUCCUCAAAGACUUCAUGGGCUGUGAACUAAUACCCAUGGGCCCUGGCCGUCCGCCGGCCGACGGCAGCGACUCAGACGGCGUGAUCGAGCUGGACAACGAGGCCAGCACGGUGAAGGCCAUAGCCAUCGUCAUCCCCUGCGUGCUCGCGUUGUGCCUCCUGGUGCUGGUCUACACGGUGGUGCAGUUCAAAAGGAAGGGCACGCCACGCCACAUACUGUAUUGCAAACGCUCCAUGCAGGAAUGGGUGUGAGAGCAGACCGGAGGGCGGGGCGGAUAAACGGGACAACAGCCCUCACUUUUACAAAAAGGAGGACGGCUGACCUUGAACAGCUUUAUUACAAACCACCACCAUGCCUCCUCCUCCUCCUGGAUGGUCUGGUACCGGCAUUCGGACCUGCAGAAAGGGUCUGACUGUGAUUUGUUACUCCUACAGCUGAUCCCAGAGCUGACGCUGACUCUGCUAACCCCCGCCUUUUAAACAACAUGGGAGCAGAAGGGAUCUGAGCUGGGAGGGACCUUUGGUCCAAAAGAAGAAGGUUGGCAUCUCUUUAUUACUCAGAAACUUGACUUCCUGUCCCCUUUGUGUCCAGAGGGAGGACUUUAUGGGUUGGGGGUGUAAGCCCGUCCCACAGGGCACCAUGUUGAUCUCAUAUCAGGUUGUUGUCUGAACAACUCUUUUCUAUUGUCCCGUCUGGGUGCCCCCAUCCACCUCCACUCAUUAUUACAUUUCUGCUUUUAAACAGUUGAUUUGACAAAGGAAGUCCUCUCCAGUCCCUUUAAGACACUCCUGAGACCAAACGAAACCAAAAGAAGUCCAUUUCUCUCCAAAGAGGAUCACCUUUUCUUUAUUGUUGUUUUCCUUGUUGUUCUCAUCCGUUCCCUUCUCUGGAUCUUUGCAGAGAUUAAGAGUCAGGGAGCUCUGACUGUUGUGGCGGUCUGUUUAAGACACAGGGGCCAAAUUUUACUGCAAUAUUUUAACUCGCCUUAAUUAUAGAUCAUACUUUAGCCGUUUUUACUCAUUUUUUUCUGUUUGUUAUUUGUAUACUGCUUUUGUUUUGUUUAUAAAAGGAGCUGAGUAAUUGCUUCUUGUGAUUUGGUAUUUUACAUGUUUUAUUACAUUACCCAGAAUCCUCAGCACUGGCUUGCUGAGUCCAACUGGACGGACCACAGCCUGUAUUAGGAGCGGUGUAUGAUUGGACGGUUCUGGAGUGAAGCCACUAUUUUUGUGUGUUAAGAUAUUUGUUGUUUUUUAUUUUAUCCAUCCAGCACAGAUCAGGGCAGCGGGAGCCUGGGAGUCUCCGUCCCACCAGUUAAGGUGUUCAUCCCAAUCGGUUGUUCUAUGAGGUUAUUUGUAAAUGAAAAAAAAAAACACUAAACUGUUGACUGCCUUGUUCGAGAGAGUUCCCAGAAUGCACUUGUCUCAUCACUUAGGACCCACAAAGCAAGACAAGUCAAGAUCAGUGCCUGUGUCAACGUGCAUGCAAGCAUUUACUGUACAAACAACCAGUUCUGCCCAGCUGAAACCUUCCAGAACCCACAAGCAAGGCUCGUCUUCGAGAUUGUGUUAUUCUUCUAGCUUUUCAGGGGACCCACUGUCCCUCCCCUCUUAGGUACGGUUAUUUUACACAAGAAUUGAAGAAAAAUCAUCAAAUUUGGGAAUUUAUUUAGGUUCUCUCUCUCUCUCUCUCUCUCUCUCUCUCUCUCUCUCUCUCUCUCUCUCUCUCUCUCUCUCUCUCUCUCUCUCUCUCUCUGUCUCAUUUUCUCACUCCUUCAGCAGUCGUUGAAUGUGUGUUUGUUGUCAUGAUCACUUUCUGGGGUUUUAUUUCUUUCUUUUCUGCUCAGAACCAAUCGGAUGUCUCUCAAUGAAUUUUUUGUGUACGAAUCUGGGACAUCCAAGAAAAAAAAAGAAAGAAAAAAAACACAUGUCCUGACCGAAUUAAUAAACUGAUAAAUAUCUGGUGAAGACCUGCCUCCAAACUGCUCAUCUUUCUGACUUGUGUGUAGAACUCACUCUGGCUGAUCGUUCAGCAUCUUGUGGUUUUCUGUUGCUUCUGUCUGGUUAAACAAUUUUCUUUCCAGAUUUACAUUUUCUCUCAAAAUGUUGAAAUCUGAAAAUUAAACCUACCACAUGGAUAAAAUAAAAUCUGUUUUUUUUAGGUACAGAGCCCACCUGAUCACACUGAUUGGCAGGCCAAUUCAUUGACGCUUCUCUAAUAAUAAAUAUUAUCACUUUUAUAGUAAUGUGUAAUAUUAUUUAAACAACCUUUUUUAAAUGGAAUUAUCUGUUGUAUUUAAUUAUCACGUUUUUGUUAUACUGUGAAAUCAGAAUCUCAAACCAGCUCAUUGAAGUGUUAAGAUGUUUUUUUAAGCAGCUGUUGAGACGAGAGUGAUCUAAAGGUAACAGAAGAUGUCUCCUGUUCUUUUGCAUUCACUGACUAAACUUCCAGUUAUGAACUCAAAUAUCACAUCUGUCUAGGACAAGCAACCUGAAACAAAAAAAUCUGUUACAAACUUUACUGUCCAGUCCUACAAUUAACAACCGUACUGUCUCUAACCAGGAUGACCUGGCUCUUUGGGUUUACGGCCAAGGUCUUUGGGCAUAGCAUCAUCUCUUUGGGUGUAAGACCAUGCUCUUUGGGUUUACGGCCAAGGUCUUUGGGUGUAGGUCCAUGCUUGUUUGAUAUUUCUCAUCACAGGAUUGUUAAAUGAUAAAACUACAUGUCUACUUUCUAAGGCACUGCAUGCUCAUCCAUGUAUAGAUCUGUUGUUUUCCCUCAUCGUCUCCUCUCCCUACAGUAAACAGACUGGAAGUGGGUGCCCAUGUGCCUGUUAGUGUUCUCCCUCACAUAUUUGUCUCUGAGUUGUCUUUUCGGCUCUUUGUGUGAUGUAUGAGCAGCAACGCCAGCCGAUGAAUGACUUGCAAAGUCUCAGCCCUCUGUGCUUUUGUUAUAUUCAUGCUAACUGUUAAAGGAAUGAGAAGUUUGAGUUUUUACAGCUGUUUAUUGUCUUUCACACACACCAGCCUGACAGCUGGACCUUGGUCAAACUGCAGCCUUUUCCUUGUCUGUCAGGCUGAAACUUUGGUGCUAAACUGACCAACUCUGGCCAGGCCUCUUUUUCACAGUGCUGCUAUUUCAGUCAGCGUCCCUCCUGCUCCUCCUGCUGUCACUGGCUCAGGACAAGAAUGAAUAAAACAGGAGCAGAAGUCAUGCUUUCUCAUUGAAUCAAAGUCUUUAUGGUGCUCUGCCUAAUGGCCCUUCAUUAGUUAAGGACCAUUUAUUGUAGUCAUGGUUAUUCGUGCAGCACUUUGAAGCACCUGAGUGGAGGUCAACCAGUUUGCCUUUGCAGGUUAAUAAAGGUCGAAAGUUAUUCUGAAGAUGUUAAGAGGUCAAAGGUCAUUGACUUGGCCUGUACUGCUGCAGGGUGACCAGAAAUAACAUCAUGUCAUUAACCCCAAGUGCGUUUUUCUUGUCACUUUUGGUUUUAUGCUUCUCAGAUUGCAUGGCAAUGUUGGUAACACGUCACUUCAUGUCCCUCAUCAUCAAACCUGAGCAUCACCAAACUUAAACGUCAGAAUAACAAACCAUAUUGUCUGAUUAGCUGCUGUGUUGCUCCAACUCAACAAUGUAUUUUGUAACAAAAAUAUUGCUAUCAGUGUUUCACCAUUAGGUUAAGAUCUGUUAUAACAAAAACUUUAUAAAGUCUAUUAUUUUUUUAUUCUGUUAUUUAAGUUAUUAGUAGACUAGUAACACUAACAGACUUGGUUCAUCUCAAGCGUCAUCAACGUUUGAUAAACCUAGCUCUAAAGAUAGAUAGUUUUAUUUGAUGGUAGAUGUAGGUAUAAAUUGUCUCAAAGACCCAAAAAGAAGUACCAUACUGAUAUGAUGUAGCAGUAUUGUAUAAAGUUCUUGUAUCCAGUUUAGAGAUGCUAGCAUUCUUUACUAAUCCUGACCAGCUCUCAUGUAAACCUGACAGUGACAUUAACAGAAGUUAAACCAUACAUCUUCCAGGAUAGAUCAGAUUUAAACCUCGAUGAGAUUCAAUAAAUUUUGGUUUCACAAACUAAAACCUUCCCUCCCACUUCUCCAGCCUCCACAUGCUCCUCUGGGAUCUGUUACCAAACAAGUGUUUUAGGAGGCAAGACAGAAGGUUUAAAGUAAUACUACUACUUCUGUUUCCAUCUGAAAAAUAGUUUUAUAUUCAGUUAAAAACUUUGUUUUCUUUAGAUCCUGUUUUUGGUGCCUCAUGUUUGGUUAGGUGUAGGCUUUUGGCUGCGGUUAAGAAAAACCUGUUUGCCUUGAAGCGAAAUUUACACAAUGCAACAGUUUAUGUCCCAGUUUGUGUAAGACUUCAUUUGGAGAACAGCUAAAAUGUUUCAAGACAGAGAAGUGACGCGCUUACCCAAAUGCUAAACGCUAGCUAGCUUUAGCUAACUAGCUUUAGAUGGACACAAAUUAGACUUUUAUCUGUUUUGAAGCCAUAAAACUGAUUUUUAGGUUUGAUUGUGGACUUUAGAUAUUGUAGCCACAGCCGCCACUGUAAACGGCUUGUCCCCUUCAAUAACAGGAAGCCUGACACAUGCAGACAGCAUGGGCUUACUCGACUUUAGCUGUCUGAUCAUGUUACGUUUGAGGAAGCACUCUGAUCGUGCCCGUUUUUAAAGAUGUCAGUUCUUUUUAUACCACGUUUUCCAUCAAAUGUCUGCAUUCUUCUUUUGUUGCUGUCUGUCUUUGGAAGUAUUGCUCUGUCGAUCAAUAAAUACAUCUAAAAACA